AUGGGGUUGGUAUCGCUGGCGGCGAUGAUCGCUUCUCUCUCCUCAAGGCUCGCAAAUCUGAGAUCCUCCAAGAACCGCGCCACCAUCCUCUGUCGCAGCUCGCGCGUGUUGACGUUCUCGCCACCCAUGGCCUUGCGCGACGCCGGUGGCGGUGAUGACCUUUUUGACGGCACAGGUGAAUUAACCGAUGGCGGCGGCGAUCGAGUGGAGUUUCUGGGGGGUGGUGCUAUCAUAGGGGGUGGUGAAUUUUUAGGUGGCGAGGACCGUUGCGGCAUGGCAGCCGGAGGAGGUGGCGAAUUUCGCAGUAGUGGUGAUGAUGAGUUGUUUGGUGGUGGUGUUGAUGGUUGUGGCGGUGGUGAUGAUGGUGGUGGAGAUGUAUUGUUAGAAGGGUUUGAUGGUGGGGGUAGUGAAGGGCUUCUUAAUGGAACCGAUGCUGACGGUGGUGGCGGUGGUGGAGAGCUAGGAGGAACUAGUGGUAGUGCCGAAAAAGUUGGCGAUAAUGAAGACGGCGGUGGUGAUGGUAGAGGUGCUAAUGGACGGGAAGUUCCAAACAUGGGGGAGGCAUUAACAGCGGAGUAA